AUGCAUUCUACCUCUCACAGAAAGUUGUUGAUGAAGGUACUCAGUGAGGCUCAUGUCGAGCAUGGUAUUUCGUUGAACAAGUUUGAGGGCAUCGUUGGCAACAUCAUCUCUAAUAAUUACCUCACCUUUACUGAUGAGGAGAUACCCAUUGAGGGGAGAGGUCAUAACAAGGCUCUUCAUAUCUCUGUGAAAUGUUUAGAUCACGUUAUAGCGCGUGUCUUGGUGGACAAUGGUUCCUCUCUGAAUGUCAUGCCAAAAUCGACAUUAGAGAAGCUACCCUGUGAUGGAAUGCAUAUGAAGCCAAGCUCUAUGAUUGUGAGGGCGUUUGAUGGCAGUAAAAGGGUAGUGAUGGGAGAAAUUGAAUUGCCUGUCCAAAUUGGUCCAUAUGUCUUUCAAAUUACUUUCCAGGUCAUGGAUAUCCUCCCAGCUUAUAGCUGUCUGUUAGGCCGUCCAUGGAUCCAUUCAGCGGGAGUUGUGCCCUCCACAUUGCACCAAAAACUGAAAUAUAUCAUGGGAGAUAAGUUGAUCAUAGUUUCUGGAGAGGAGGAUCUCCUUGUGAGUGGCCCAUCCUCCACCCGUUACAUAGAGGCAGCUGAGGAAGCUCUGGAAACAGCUUUUCAAUCAUUAGAAAUCGUGGGAAACACCUAUAUUGAGCCGUUCCCUAAGAACCCACAUUUAUCAUGCACCUCUAUCAUGAUGGCCAAGGUCAUGCUGAAAGAAGGUUAUAAGUUCGGGAAUGGUUUAGGCAAGUAUGGACAAGGACGUACAUUCCCAUUGGAUGUAAUUGGGAACAAAAACAGAUAUGGCCUGGGGUAUAGACCCAGCAAGGAAGAUAACAAGAAGGUGAUUGAGGAAAGGAAGGAACGCAGUCUGGCUCGAAUGGGGAAACGGGAACCAAGGGCAAAGAAAAUCCACAUUUGUGGUAUCAAAGAGAGUUUUCGCAGUGCUGGAUGGGUAAACACUAGUCAUAUAGCGGUGGUGGAAGAGGAAGCAAGAUCUGAAAGCUUAAACUUCGUGUGGGUUUGUUCCCCAGGUGUACAACUCAACAAUUGGAAGACUCUGGAUUUACCCGUGAUGUUUAAAUCAAUUGAAAUAUAUGACAAUGAAUGUUUUGAAAAUAAAAAUGUCAAUAUCCCUAAGUGGGAGCACCCUGUCAUUAAUGCGGAAGAUGAUCCGGAAGAUGGUCCGGAAGAUGAUCCGGAAGAUGACCCGGAACUCUCUCCAGAGCUCUUGAGAUUAGUGGAACAAGAGUCUAAAGAGAUAAAACCCCAUCAGGAGAAUGUUGAAAUACUCAACUUAGGAGAUGAAGGAGAGAUAAAGGAAGUAAAAAUCGGUACUAGCAUGAAAAAGGAAGUGAGGGAAGGGCUGCGAGCCCUACUGAAGGAGUUUAAGGAUGUUUUCGCUUGGUCUUACAAAGACAUGCCAGGUUUGGAUACCGAUAUUGUGCAACACAAGCUCCCACUUAAGCAGGAAUGCCUUCCAGUCAAGCAAAGACUAAGAAGAAUGAAACCAGAAAUGUCAUUGAAAAUUAAGGAAGAGGUACAGAAGCAAUUCGACGCAGGAUUUCUGGCUGUGGCUAAAUACCCACAAUGGGUGGCGAAUAUUGUACCAGUGCCUAAGAAAGAUGGGAAGGUUCGAAUGUGUGUCGACUAUCGUGAUUUGAAUCGUGCAAGUCCGAAGGAUAACUUCCCGUUACCACACAUCGACACUUUAGUUGACAAUACAGCCAAGUACUCACUAUUUUCGUUCAUGGAUGGUUUCUCGGGGUAUAAUCAGAUUAAGAUGGCGCCUGAGGACAUGGAAAAGACGACCUUCAUCACGUUGUGGGGGACCUUUUGUUAUAAGGUAAUGUCUUUUGGGCUCAAGAAUGCCGGGGCAACAUAUCAAAGGGCGAUGGUGACACUUUUUCAUGAUAUGAUGCACAAGGAGAUCGAGGUUUAUGUGGAUGAUAUGAUUGCAAAGUCUGAAUCAGAAGAAGAACAUGUCCUCAACUUGAAGAAAUUAUUUGAGAGAUUGAGAAAUUAUAAACUCAGGUUAAACCCUGCCAAAUGCACAUUUGGAGUGAAAUCCGGGAAGUUGUUGGGCUUCAUGGUUAGCAAAAAGGGGAUAGAAGUGGAUCCUGACAAAGUGCGAGCGAUAUCAGAAAUGCCUGCGCCUAGCACAGAGAAGGAGGUUCGCGGUUUUCUGGGUAGAUUGAACUACAUUGCUAGAUUCAUCUCCCAAUUAACCGCUACCUGCGAACCAAUGUUCAAGUUGCUACGAAAGAAUCAGGUUAUGGUUUGGAACGAGGAUUGUCAAGCCGCUUUUGAAAAAAUCAAACAAUACCUGCAAGACCCACCUGUAUUGCGUCCGCCCGAGCCAGGAAGACCACUCAUUUUGUACUUAACUGUAUUGGAAAGGUCAAUGGGUUGUGUAUUGGGUCAAUAUGAUGAAGCUGGAAAAAGGGAGCAUGCGAUAUAUUACUUGAGCAAGAAAUUCACAGACUGCGAACAACGAUAUUCAUCGUUAGAGCGAACUUGUUGUGCAUUGGCAUGGGCCGCUCAUCGCCUAAGGCAAUACAUGUUGAGUCACUCUACGUUGUUGAUAUCCAAGAUGGAUCCUAUCAAGUUUAUUUUUGAAAAGCCCGCUCUCACUGGAAGGAUAGCUCGGUGGCAGGUGCUAUUGUCAGAGUAUGACAUCGUAUACGUCACUCAGAAAUCCGUCAAAGGUAGUGCAUUAGCAGAAUACCUGGCGCAUCAACCCAUCAGUGAUUAUCAGCCAAUGCAACCCGAGUUUCCUGAUGAAGAUAUCAUGGCUCUAUUCAAAGAAGGCAGGAAAUACCGAGACGAAGAAACAUGGAUAUUACUAUUUGAUGGAGCGUCAAAUAUGAUGGGGCAUGGCAUAGGGGCAGUACUAAUCUCUCCAGAGCAGCAGUAUAUGCCCAUGACAUCAAGGCUGUGUUUUGAUUGCACGAAUAACAUUGCAGAAUAUGAAGCCUGCGCUAUGGGUAUUCGGGCGGCAAUAGAGUUCAAAGUGAAAAUUCUGGAAGUAUAUGGAGAUUCAGCUUUAGUCAUCAACCAGUUGAAGGGAGAGUGGGAAACAAGAGACUCAAAAUUAAUCCCCUACCAGGCAUACAUCAAAGGAUUAAUGGAGUGUUUCGACUUCAUCACAUUUAACCACAUACCACGGGAAGAUAACCAGUUAGCAGACGCGUUGGCUACUUUGUCAUCCAUGUUUGAGGUUGACCCGAAUACAGAAUUACCAGUGAUUGAAAUGAAGAGCCAUGCGGAGCCAGCAUAUUGCCAGUUCAUCAAGGAGGAGGUGGAUGGUAAACCUUGGUACUUCGAUAUCAAGCACUAUCUUAAGACCCAAGAAUAUCCUGAAAAAGCAUCUGAAAACGAUAAAAGGUCGUUACGAAGGUUGGCUGGUAGUUUUAUUUUAAGUGGGGACAUUUUAUACAAGAGAAAUCAUGACAUGAUUCUCCUCAGAUGUGUAGAUACAAAAGAGGCCGAAUUGAUAUUGAAAGAAGUACACGAAGGUACAUUCGGCACCCACAUGAAUGGGCACUCAAUGGCUAGGAAGAUCCUGAGAGCUGGUUACUUCUGGUUAACCAUGGAAAAUGAUUGUUGUACACAUGUAAGGAGGUGCGAGAAAUGUCAGAUGCAUGCAGACAAUAUCAAUGUAUCGCCCACGACUUUGAAUGUGUUGUCUGCACCAUGGCCGUUUUCAAUGUGGGGGAUAGAUGUUAUUGGAGCUAUAGAGCCAAAAGCGUCAAAUGGACACCGCUUCAUACUGGUCGCAAUCGAUUACUUUACCAAGUGGGUCGAAGCCGUUUCUUAUGCCAACGUGACUAGAAAGGUGGUGACCAGAUUCAUAAAAAGGGAAUUGAUCUGCAGAUAUGGGCUGCCUAACAAGAUCAUCACUGAUAAUGCUACCAACCUGAACAACCGGAUGAUGGCAAAAUUAUGCGAGGAGUUCAAAAUUCAUCAUCUUAAUUCUUCUCCUUACCGUCCAAAAAUGAAUGGGGCAGUAGAAGCUGCUAAUAAGAAUAUCAAGAAGAUCGUGCAAAAGAUGGUGGUCACCUACAAGGAUUGGCAUGAAAUGCUUCCCUUUGCUUUACAUGGAUAUCGUACUUCAGUACGAACGUCCACUGGUGCAACACCUUUCUCGCUGGUGUAUGGGAUGGAAGCAGUGCUUCCAUUUGAGGUGGAAAUCCCAUCUCUACGAAUUUUAUUGGAAACCCAAUUGGAGGAAGCUGAGUGGGUUCAAGCUCGGUUUGACCAGCUCAAUCUCAUCGAAGAGAAGAGACUGACAGCGGUGUGCCACGGGCAAUUGUAUCAAAGAAGAAUGAAAAAAGCUUUCGACAAAAAAGUACAUCCAAGGGAAUUCCAUGAAGGCGAACUGGUGUUAAAGAAGAUAUUGCCCAUACAAAGGGAUUUCAGAGGCAAAUGGACCCCAAAUUAUGAAGGGCCAUUCGUGGUAAAGAAGGCAUUCUCUGGAGGGGCACUAAUCCUCACAAGGAUGGACGGAGAGGAGUUACCUUUGCCAGUUAAUUCGGAUGCGGUAAAAAAGUUUUACGCAUGA